AUGUCCUCCUCGUCGACGACCGCAUGCUCGCGGUCUCCGUCCCCCGUCCCCACCACUCCUGAUGCUUUUGACGCACGCAGUCCGGAGGAGCUUUCUUCCUGGUGCAAGUCGCUCCCCAGCACCGAGUUCCUCCUCAGCAGUGGACUGCAACUAGCCGCGGACCACGCGAUCCGCAAGACUGAAGAGCGGCCAUCCCUCAGUCUAGAGGAUCUGUUGCAGGCGCAUGCAUAUGAAGACGCAACUCCCGCCGCCCGCGACCUCUCUCCAGAAUCCAUGUUCUGUCCGGUAGUCAGCCCGUCAUCCCCCGCCCCAUCGGCCGAUUAUGCACCUGGCCAUCGUUCUUCUAUUUCCAGCUUAAAGCCCAUACCACCUCCCGCACCCAAAGCGUCAUGCUCAAAUCUUCCCAUCCUGUUUCCAAGUUUACCCGACAGCGGCACCAAGUCUCGUGUAGAGACUCAGAUUCGUCUCACCGUUGACCUCGCACACGCGAGCGCUUCAUCCGGGGAGCCGCUCAAGUACGACAAAGUGGGUAGUUGGAAAUGGUUGAGGCUCCCCAAAGGUACCACGACGAAGAAGCGGACAAGGAAGGAGGGCAAAGUCGACGCGCCUCUCGAGGAGUGUCUCUAUCUCACGGCCGAGAUAACGUGCGCUACGCCCCCUCAUACCCGGGUGACAGUCUGUUCGAGUUGCCAGACUCGCGAGGCGAAGAGAGUUGCGCGCAAAAUCGCUGCUCGUGUUAGGCCCACGCGCUCCGACUCCGAGUCGGCAGAAGAGCCGCGUGUCCUUCCCGGCCAGGGCAAGCAUGAAGACACAUCAAACAUCAUCCAGUUCAACUGUCCCGAGGUGCUCGACUUCUCGUCGGGUUCUGUUGUUCUUCCCCUGCGCAUCACAUGUUACUGCCGGCACCACCGCGAGAAAAUAGGCUUUAACCUACGCUUCUGGAUGCUGGACCACACCGGGCGGAUCGUCGGCACCGGGACCACUAAGCCAAUCAUGAUCACCGAUGACCACAAGAGCACCGGCGUCAACACGGCGAAGGCCAACACUGAGUUCGGCUCGAAGCUCGACUGGACCGUGUCUGGGAUGGAGCCUCAAGCAAGCGCCCCGAAGCGCAGGAAGGCCGGCGGGUCCGAGCGGGCCAAGAAGCGUGCAAAGCCGUACGACUCCAACAGCCGGCUUUCACGGCUCCAGCGACAGAGUAGCAGCGGAAGCCUGCAGUCUCCUUCAGAGAUGCCUUCGGCUUUCGCUACUCGAGCGUCGUCUCCUCAGCUGCACCUCCCCUCCCAAAUCAUCACCUCCGUCGUAUCCCCGUCCCCCUCCUCUUACAGUGUCGGCGAUCAGCCACAUUCCGCCUACCCGGAUGAACCUCAGCCCCUUCUUUCCCCUUCCUACGACCUCCACGAGCCGCUUGCGCACUCGCCAUACGCUGUCCAAAGCGUCCCACCGCCCCUUGCCCACCCCUACUAUGGGAACGAACAACCUCUUCAACCUACGCAAGGAAUGAUGCCGGACUCGCUCGACAGCUCGGCUUCCACUGCGGUCGCUAGUCCGCUUUUGUCGGCGUACGACUCGAACCCCUCCAUGGCGGAGAUUAUGCACUCCAACUUCAAUAUGGACGUCGUCAUGCCAGACCUCGAACCUCCCAUGCCGGCCUUCCAAGACCCUUCCACCUCAUCCUACGUACAAUCCCCUCCCGAGAUGGCGCAGCAGUCGGCGGUCGAGCCAAUGAACCUCGCGAUGUCACAUGCUCCCGCCCCCACCCUACCACUGCCAUAUAUGCUCUUCAAACACGAUCCGCCGCCGCCUGUCACACUCCCUCUGCCCCGCAUUCAUCGAUUGAUUCCUGCGGCCGGACCGACCUUCGGCGGUAUCGAGGUUACGGUUCUCGGUGCCAACUUCCAUAGCUCAAUGCCGUUGAACUGCGUUUUCGGUUCCACCGCGUCGACGUCGACACAGCGCUGGAGCGACAACACUCUCGUGUGUAUUCUACCGCCCAGCGUCGUCGCGGGUCAAGUGCAUGUAUGGUUCGAGGGUCUCCCGAAAGAGGAAGACGGCACUCCAGCGUGCCUGUUCACAUACACGGAUGAGACAGACAGGGCUCUCAUGGAGCUCGCGCUUCAAGUAGUUGGUUUGAAGAUGACUGGCAAGAUCGAAGAUGCCAGGAACAUUGCGAUGCGCAUCGUCGGGAACACUGGCGGUCCGGACCCCAACGCUAGCAUGCCCACAGAGAGCGCAGGAGGCGCGAUGCAGCUUUCGGCGCGUCUCCUGCUCGGCCGCGCCGGUGAAAGCAGAGACUUCGAGAAAACCCUCUUGGACUUCCUCGCUCUUCUCGACGUGCCUGUCGGUCCCGACACGAACUCAUCGGUCCUGUCCAAGCAGACCCCCAGUGGACAAUCGCUCCUUCACCUCGCCGUCCUUGCCAAGUUCCCGACGCUCACUCGCUUCCUGCUCUCGCGGCACAUCGAUAUCGAUGCUCGCGAUAACAACGGCUGCACGGCACUCUUCCUCGCCGCUCUCACCUCCUCUGCAGAGUGCGCACAUGUUUUGGUCGAGGCUGGCGCCGCGAUGGACGUUGUCAACGCCGCCGGAAAGACGCCCGCGGAGGUCGGUCCGGCCGGUUUCUUCGACUUCAUCACCUCCGAGAGCGAGCGCUCGUUCGGCGCGCCAGACUCUGACUCGGACGACGGGGCCUGGGCGGACAUCGACGAGCAAUCAGAGGACGACACCGAGCUGCGCAACGCACUGAGGCGCCGCCGCGUGCGCAGACCAUUCAGCCGGAGUACGCACCCACGCUCGACUCCCCAAACAUCGACGGCCCCUGAACGUGUCACGCCUGCGCCGCCCCCAACGGAAUGCAGCGUGGGCGACGCGCCCCUGCCAUCACCCCCAGCCCCCUCCCCGCCCGCCGAGAAAGCCGCGCCGCUCCCCAAGUCCGAGAAGGCUGCGUUGGGGGCCGUCGUGGACGAGAAGGAGGCCGCCGCUGCGGCCACGUUCACGGACACGCUCUACCGCACGCUCGCACAGCUGCAGCACCCGCAGGACAUGAUCGCGCAGAUGCAGAUGCAGAUCCCCGGCCUGCCGCUCCCCGCGCUCGGCCUACCGACGGCUGCGUGGGGUGCGCUCCCGCAGGUCGCGGCCGUGUUCCCCGUGCUUGUCGCGAUCCAGCAGCUCUGGGGGGCGCGCGCCGAGGAGAAGGGCAAAGGCGUUGAAGGCGAGGGCGAGGGCGAGGGCGAGGGCGCGCAGAUUCGGCAGGAUUGGAAGGCGUUCUGGGAGAAGUGGAUGUUGGCCGCGUCGCAGCAACAACAGGGGCGCCGCGAGCACGAGAACCCGCCGCCUGCGUACACCCCGCGACAUGACAACGCGGACUCGUUCCCUGCGGACACCAAGUGCCCUGAAGGGCCUAGCGCAGAGCCCCAGUCAAGCAUCGUCGAGGUCGACGCCCCCACUGUCGAGGUGGAGAAGAAGGAGCAGCGCGAGAAGGCGGUCGCGCCCCGGCAGGCGAGGUACGCUGCCGCUGCAGUGCCCGAGGAAGAAAUGCAGCUGUAUGGAUACAGGAAGCCUGCCCGUCGGGCACAGAAGAAACAUGACCGGAUGUUGGUCCUCUUCUGGAUCCCCAUUCUUAUCGUCGGAUUCGGGUGGGCGUGUCUGCACGCGCUCCGCAUCGCGCUCCACGCCACGAAGACGAUCGUAACCUUGAAGGUCUCCACCGGACUCCACGCGUGA